UCUCUUCUGGCAUCUCAGACCUCCCUCCACCCCCAUCUCUUCACAGGACUGCCAACCCAUCUAGAGUUAUUCCAGGAAUGUGUUGAACAUGGCUGCCGGGAUGAAAGCGCAGAAAACGGGACUGUUGGAACUUCGGCUCACUGUGGAUCGCUGGAUCCGUGUGCUCGCCUCUCUCACCGAGGACACACUGACCCUUAGCCCGGGAGAAACCACUGCUGAAUCCGCAAACCCCAACCCGAACCAAGCCGGAGCAAUCAACGGGGACCCAGCGAACCUGAGUUCCAGUUCUCCAAUUCCCGAAACGAUCACCAACGUCAAGCGCACGGUACGAGUUACUAAGCAAGAUGUUGGAGGACUUGGUAUCAGUAUUAAAGGGGGCAAGGAGAACAAAAUGCCCAUUCUCAUCUCCAAGAUUUUCAAGGGGCUGGCGGCAGAUCAGACGGAGGCGCUCUAUGUGGGCGACGCCAUCCUCUCCGUGAACAGCUACGACCUGCGGGAGGCGACACACGACGAGGCCGUACAGGCCCUGAAGAAAACCGGCAAGGAGGUCAUUCUAGAAGUGAAAUACAUUAAGGAGAUGUCGGCCUACUUUAAGAAUGCCUCGCCCGGGGGCGCUAUGCCCUGGGACUCCCCGGCCGCGUCGCCCCAGAAACAGGGCUCGGCCAAUUCGCCCACGGAGCUGAAGGAGAACCGGGCCAUCCCUCUGAAGAUGUGUCAGGUCACCAGGAAGCAGUGCCCCCCGGACACUGAGAACAGGUACUUUGAGGUGAUUUCGGCGGACAGGAAGUCCUGCGUGUUCCUGCGGGCCAAGGACCCGGCCGUGGCGCUGUCCUGGUACAAUGAAAUCCAGUCGGGGGCAGCUGCUCUCCUCCCCAAAGUCAAAGAGGAGAUGAAGAGUUUACAGGACGGAAAGGAGGUGAAACAUGUGGGCUGGCUAGCCGAACAGCCAACCCAGGGGCCAGAGAAGCCGGUGCUGGCCAUUCUGACCGAAAAGGACCUGGUCCUGUACCACGCGCUUCCGGACAGCAAGGAGGCCCUCGGCAAUCCUGACCAGAGCCACCCCCUCAUCGCCACCAGGUUGGUUCAUUCGGGCCCAGGGAAGAGCUCUCCCAUCCAAGACGCAGAGCUGUCCUUUGCCCUCCGUACCGGGACCAGGCAAGGGGUGGAGACCCACGUGUUCCGGGUAGAUUCAGCCAAAGACCUCUCUACUUGGACCCACGUGUUGAUAGAAGGCUGUCACAACGCUGCAGAGCUUAUACAAGAGGUCACCACAGCCUGCGUCUGGAACGGGAAGGAGUGCACCCUGGGAGUCCACAUCGACGAGGGUUUCACCAUCUUCGCCGAGGAAGCGGGCGCGAAAAAGACGGUCCUGCUCCAGCGGCCUUUCGAGAAGCUGCGCAUGUCGUCCGACGACGGCGUCCGCAUGAUGUACCUGGACUUCGGCGGCCCGGAGGCUGAGAUUCAACUGGAUCUUCACUCCUGCCCAAAAACCAUUGUGUUCAUCAUCCACUCCUUCCUGUCUGCAAAGGUGAAGCGGCUAGGUCUGUUGGCAUGACAACAGUAGGUACCAGCCGUAUAGCCCCUGGGGUUGGUGGGAGGGAUGUGGGUAUGGGGAUGGGGGACAGGGGGACAGGGGUGAGAUAAUGUUAAAAAGUAUCAUCAGCCAGGAGAAGUGGGGUGGUCGGAACAUGGACUGGUGGUUGUUGGGGGCGGGGCUCUGAAGACCCAGGAGACUCCUCCCCGUUUCAAGGGAAACACUGAAAAGUACUGUGCAAGGCUCCUCCUUCGUCUGAAGGACCAGCCUGAAAAUGCUCGUUCAAGAAUCACUGGAAAAAAGGAACUACAAACUGUCAUUUGCAUUGCCAAGUUGAAUUUACAGAUGUAUCAAACCAUAUCAUUUCAUUGUAACUUUCCCAGAUCUGCCCCCCCCCCCAAGUGUGUAUAUUAAACAUCUCUGCAUCAGCAUAUCUUUAUAAAUACAUUUAAUACCCUAUUGUGCCUAAUCCAUCCCUGACAUUAUACAUAUAUACCCGAUUGAGAGAAAUUUUAUAUGCCUCCACUCUUCCUGUUGUGGAACAUGUGACUCCCAAUCAGUCUCCAAGGUUGGGUCGAUUCUUGCAUCGCUCCAUGUUUUCAAUGCGGACACGUGCGCAAACAAAUAAACCGCAUCGUUCCAUCUUUUGUGACCUCUCUCAAACUUUCAGUCUUUUUUUAAGCAAGCCAAAUGCAUAUCAAUUUAAUCUGGUCUCCAUGCAGGUUUGAAAUGGCAGCAAUCUUUUCACUCUGGUCAUUUGCCUUACUCUUUGCGCCUUUUAAUAAAAUGUGUGAAUUCAUAUUUUGUACACCAUUUGCUUACUGUCAUCUCAACGUGAAAAUGAAUGGACGCAUUUUCAAGAGCAUAAUUUGCUCAGCACCCUUUUGAAAGCUACAUUAGAAUAGUUUUACUAAUUUUUGUCUGAGACUGAGACAAAUGUAUCACAUUUAUCAUACACGGAUAAAACCAUUAAGCAUACAUUUAAUAUUAAUUACAAGUAGGCAUGUAGCAUAGUGUGCGACAUUAACAGGAGAAAAAAAUGUUUCCGAUGUUUCUGCCAUUUUUUUUUUUGUUGCCGUUUUUGUAUUGGGGGACUUAUCUGUGAAACCACGAGACUGCCCUCUAGCGGUCACGGAAUAUAGCUCCCUUGAAAAUGAGCUAAAACCUCUGGAUAAAACUGAAAUUAAAGCUCAGUUAAAAAAAAAAAAAA